CAGCUAAUUAACUGCACAGGCCGGCCUUCAGUGCAUAAUAUUGUAAUGAGGUAGGAGGGAGAGCCACAGCUGCUUCAGCAUGAGCAGCAGGCUCUGUUCCUGGUGCCAGGAACUAGGAAGGAGCUGACUUUUUUUUUUCCCUUUUUAAGUUGACUGAACCGUAGACGUUAAAAGCAGAUAGAGGCAGGUCCGCCUCUGGCACCGAGCAUGAGCGGGCCGCCGGGGUCCUAGAGGAGCUCGGGGAAGAGCCGGGGGAGUGACCGAAGAUGGGCAACCAGCCUGGGCGAGCGGAGGAGCACGACCAAGGAACAGUUUCAGCUGCAAAGCGCACAGGGAUUCCAGCACCCCGGGAAAUAUCAUCAUCUGUAUCCAGAGAGAGAGCUGUAUUGCGUGGUCAAGCCAAUACUAGGAAAACACAACCCAGCCCCACCUCUUCUGGUACACCGACUCCUACCAAACACGUGCGCCCCACUAGCAAGUCCAAGCAAGAGAAUGAAACUGGUGACAAGGCUGUUCUGGAAUCUCAGGUUAGAGAACUCCUGGCAGAAGCAAAGACGAAAGAUUCUGAAAUUACCAAACUCCGUUGUGAAUUGAAGAAAUGCAAAGAGAAAGGAUCACUUAAUGCUGAAGGAAUGGGUGCUUCCAACCAAAAUUUAGAAACAGUAUCACCUGUUGACAUAGAUCCAUUAAUACGGACCCUUCAGGAAAAAAACAGGACUUUUCAAAAAGAGCUUGCUAGCCUGGGAGAAGAAAAUUGUGUGUUGAAAGAGAAAUUGCUUUAUCUAGAGAACUCUCCUCUCUCAGACACAACAACAAGCAGUGGAGGUGACAGCAGCCUCCCAACCCCAACUACCCAAGAAUCCAGUUUUGGAAGCCCAUCAAAAAAUGUGUCGAGAGGUGAAACGGAUGAGCACAGGCAGCAUGUGAAUGGGGGUGCACUGCGCAAUUCAGGUUCUUCCAGCAGUGAUGUAACUAAAGCUUCCUUGUCCCCUGAUGCAUCUGAUUUUGAACAUAUAGCAGAUGUACCUUCUAGGCCAACAUCCUCCAACAGCAACCACAUCAAAGGUUCCAAAUGCUCCACUACAGGAAGUUCUCCAAACAAUAUUAGUGACCUUUCUGUUGCAUCUCUUACAGAGAGAAUACAAAAAAUGGAGGAGAAUCACCACAGCACAGCAGAAGAAUUACAAGCCACUUUGCAGGAGCUGUCGGAUCAACAGCAAAUGGUGCAGGAGCUGACAGCAGAAAAUGAGAAGCUAGUGGAAGAGAAAGCUCUCCUGGAGACUUCCUUUCGUCAACAUAGAGAUAGAGCAGAACAACUGAGCCAAGAAAAUGAAAAGCUAAUGACUCUCCUCCAAGAGCGAUCCAAGAAUGAAGAAAGCAGAGCUCAGGAGGGGAAGGUCCUUGAACUGGAACAGAAAUGUGCAGAAGUUCUUGAAAAAGCACAAUUUGAAAGAGAGAAAUUGCUCAACAUUCAGCAACAAUUAACCAGCAGCCUACGAAGCUUAGAAAGGGAGCAUCAAGAUGCCCAGCAGGUGAUUAAAAGCCUGAGAGAAGAAAAUGAGAAGCUGCUUAAACUUCUAGAAGUGGAACAGCAGAGCAACAGCACAGUGACAAAAACUCUGGAGGACUGUAAAAUUGCCUUAGAAGGCCUAAAAAUUGAGAAUGGCUCUCUCAAAACUCAGUUAGAGAGUGAGAAACAAAAGGCCGCAGAAAUCAACGCGAUGGGAUGUACUACUGACAACUCUGAGGUGCAAGAGAUGCUGAAAGUAGCCCAUGCAGAAAAGGAUCAGUUAGAAGCGUCUUGCACUGAGCUUAAACAAGAGCUGCUGAAGGCGAACAGUGAACUAAAGCACAUUCAGGGUCUGCUAUCUAAGGCUGAGAAUGAGUGUGGUCAGCUGAAGGAGGUAUGUGACCGGCAGGCUGAGCAACUGAGCAGAACCAGCCAGAAGCUGCAGGAAAAAACAUCAGAGAAUGAAGCAGAUAUAAAAAACCUGAAAGAGACCAUUUUUGAGUUGGAGGACCAGGUGGAACAACAUCGUGCUAUAAAACUUCACAAUAACCAGCUCAUCAGUGACCUAGAAAGUAAAGCUAUGAAGCUGGAAGAACAAAAACAAGAUACAGAGAGGCAGCUGAAGGCUCUGACUAAGCAAAUGAAGGAAGAUACAGAAGAAUGGAGGCGUUUUCAAGCUGAUCUGCAGACUGCAGUGGUUGUAGCCAAUGAUAUUAAGUGUGAAGCCCAGCAGGAGCUCCGUGUGGUAAAGAGGAAGCUUCAGGAGGAAGAGGAGAAGAGUGCCAGACUGCAGAAGGAGCUGGAUGAAGUGAAGGGCAGCAACAGGUGCAUGGUCUCUACCAGCUAACACAGCCCUGAAUGGAUGCAUAGCCAGGCCUGUGAGACACUUCAGGACAUACCUUCAACUUGCAUCUGAAAAAGGGAAGUUUCAAUUCGAGAAAGCACCUCCAGUUUUUUAUUGCCCUGCAAAAGUCAAGUGUAUCGCAAAGUGUGAAUGCUGCUCAGGUCCACCUCCUCCCCAUGGGCAAGAGCCUAUUUCUUUGUUUCAGAAGGCUUCUCUCUUCAGAAGACUCUAUGAGGCGGAAAAGUUCCGAAUUAGUCUAAAGUCAACUAGGCCAUAAGAAGUAAUCACAGAGAUUUGGGGAACUGAAAUAACUGAGGGCUUUUUUGGAGGGAUGGGGGUAUUUGCCCUGAAACAGAAAUUCAAACAAGCAAUUUUAAGCUUAAGGAAAAAAUAAAACUGAGUGCGUAUGUCCAAUUUGUAAAAUUUAAUGCCCAUAUACAUUAUGAGUUCUCCAUAUAGUAUUAUACUCAUAGAUCUAUCUGUGUGUGUCUAAAUAUAUGUAUGCAUACAGAUCAGUAUGUAUACAUACACACACAAACUCAAGUGAUAGGUUACUGAAAUCCAGCAGGAAAACUGAAUGGAAACAUGAAGUUAUUUGGUAUCAGCUGCUUUGAUGGUUUCAGAUUUUUUAAUAAUUUUGACAAGGCACUCGCCACUGGGUGGCAUGUCUGACUUGGUGUGUGUUAGGAAGCAGGGUGGUGCCCAAGGAGUAUGUCCUGCUAUGACUUCCACAGAGAAUGUCCCACAUGAGGUUUGUCCUGGCUGUGAGAACGGCAGAUGGAGAGAUCAGAAGGAAAAGAAAUUAAUGUAUCAAGCCCCUAGUAAAUAUCCUCUCAGAAAGGAGUCUUUCUCAUGCCCUUAACUCAGGUGAAGUAUAUGAUCAGGGAGAACUUGCUGAAGUUCAGCUUUGCAACUGGAAAGACCUGGAGAGAGCUUUACGUGGAUGCUAAGGAGAAAUGCAGAAGUCACCAUCUCUACCAGGAGAUCAUCAGGAUUCAUUCCAGGACUGGAAUUUCAUGUUUUGGCUGUGGGAUUCCCGUCCUUUCCUCCUGGAUAUGAAGACCUAGCAAGGGCCUGGUCUCAGAGCAGGCUGAGCUAGUAGAGAAUUCUGCGGGAUGUCCUGGCUUUGGCAUGGCCUUCACCUUUGUGCCGUGCAACUGGAGUGUAUGCAUAUAUGCACACUUGUGUUGCCUUUCUUUUCUGUGCUGGCAGCUGUUGAAUGUUGGUUUUUAUGUUUAAGAAAUAUAUAUUGAAGUGCCAAAUAAAUGUUUAAGUGUCUG